UUCCGAGCCUACGUGGAUUGGAUUUUCCGAUCCUUCAAGACUCUGGAGUUGAGAAUCCUGUUGGUGGGAGACGAUGAUUCUGGAAAGACCACUUUGCUACACCAAUGGUACCACCAGAAAUUUGUUGAUCUGCCUCCAAACUAUAUGGGUGGAUUCGAGGUUCAGACUGUCGAAUAUCCGCAAAAAUGUCGCUGGACCAUCUGGGAUAUCACACUCGGUUCGGAUCCGAUCAGAAAGCUGCUAUAUCACUACUUCCAGAACACAGCAGCUGUUCUAUAUGUUCAUGACUGUGAUCGGCACUUGGAUGAUGCUAUCUCCUCCGUUCAUUAUUACAUCGGGGUUAUGCUCGAGAGAGAAUGUAGUUUACUUUACAUUGUCCCAAAUAAACAGGAUAAGCUACCCUCGGAAAAAUCCCAAGGGCUUGCCCACGACCUGCGCGAGGCGUAUAAGAAGGAGCUAGCCAGAUACGAGGGUCAGAUCUGUUGGAAAGUCCUGGACUUUAAGAUCAGUGCCAAAACUGGAGAGGGUGUUUGGGAAAUACUUGACGAAAUUUAUGGCGAGCUUUGA